UUCCACUCCACCAAGAGCUUUAUAAUCGGUUCUCUGCGUUCCAAGGUAGUCGACAAUUCUCACAUAUUCACCAAAAGUUCGGAGGAUUGUAGUCAACAACAUUAUCAUCGCCCAAGUUUCUCCACCUACCCAUCAUCUGAAAAGCUGUUCCCAAGAAAACUGUAAUCAUUUUGCAGAAAUUGGAAUCUUGAUGACCACCCACCUUGUUAAUUUAACCUGUCAAUUGGUUGUUUUUGUUUGAUAUCGAAAAGGGUUUUCGUGAACUGAGAUACAAUAUUGAAAAAAGUGAACACCCCCAAACGUUUUGCUUACUUGUGACGUUUGCCCGUCAGGUGUUCGAUUAAUUGCGUGAGUGAAAGGUCAUUAUCUUAGUUACAGAAAAAGGUCUUGUAGUUUGCGGGGUUUGAGAAUCAACAAUUGGGUGAACUUUAUAUUUUUUGCUUAGAAUAGAUGACGAUCGAAUCGUUUCCAGGGAGUUCAGGGUAUAUAGAUUCUGGUGUUGAUAAGAAAAUAACAUAUUUUAGCAACACUUAUGUGUUGGGUUUGACUGUAAUUGCUGGAAUUGGUGGGCUUCUUUUCGGCUAUGAUACAGGGGUCAUAUCUGGAGCCCUUCUGUACAUCCGCGAUGAAUUUGAGGAAGUCGAUAAAAGUAGUUUCUUGCAGGAGACAAUUGUUAGCAUGGCUUUGGUAGGUGCAAUGAUAGGAGCUGGUGGUGGUGGGUGGAUAAAUGACACAUAUGGGCGUAAAAGAGCCACUCUUCUUGCGGAUGUGGUUUUUGCACUUGGAUCUUUUGUCAUGGCCGCUGCACCGGAUCCGUAUGUACUUAUAUUUGGCCGCCUUCUGGUUGGGUUGGGUGUGGGUGUAGCAUCUGUUACAGCUCCAAUGUAUAUUGCAGAAGCAGCCCCAUCAGAAAUACGAGGAGGUCUUGUAAGCACCAAUGUGCUUAUGAUCACUGGUGGACAAUUUCUUUCCUACCUCGUUAAUCUUGCUUUCACGGAGGUUUUCAUGUGCAGUUUCAACUUUCAAGGAGGCAGCUUCAAGGUUCCUGGAACAUGGCGAUGGAUGCUAGGAGUAGCUGCCGUGCCGGCUAUUGUUCAAUUUGUGUUGAUGUUGUUGAUGCCCGAGUCUCCACGCUGGCUUUACAUGAAGAAGAGCAAAUCUGAGGCCAUUGUCGUGCUGUCAAAAAUUUAUGAUCCGUAUCGAUUAGAGGAAGAACUCGACCAGCUUUCUUCUACUUUAGAGGAAGAAAACCAACGCAAGAAUGCCGUUAGUUAUUUGGAUGUUUUCAGAAUCAAAGAAAUUAGACUUGCAUUUUUUGCCGGAGCCGGUCUUCAGGCAUUUCAACAGUUUACUGGGAUUAACACUGUGAUGUAUUACAGUCCAACCAUAGUUCAAAUGGCUGGUUUCAGUUCAAACCAAUUAGCCCUGCUACUGUCCCUUGUUGUUGCAUUAAUGAAUGCCGCCGGUACGGUCGUGGGAAUCUAUCUCAUCGACCAUUUCGGCCGCCGGAAGUUGGCUUUGAGCAGUUUAUUUGGUGUCUUUCUGUCCUUGAUUCUCCUCUCGGCUGCAUUCUUUCUUCAAUCAUCGGGUUCCACCAAUGUAGGUUGGAUCGCGGUUCUUGGGUUGGCUCUUUAUAUUGCGUUUUUCGCACCUGGUAUGGGCCCGGUUCCAUGGACCGUGAACUCGGAAAUAUAUCCGCAAUCGUAUAGGGGAAUUUGUGGAGGAAUGUCAGCCACUGUGAACUGGAUAUCGAACUUGAUAGUGGCUCAAAGCUUCCUUUCAGUUGCUGACGCUGUCGGGACUGAGUGGACGUUCUUGAUACUUGCCGCCAUCACGGUGGCAGCAAUCAGUUUCGUGUUUGUUUUUGUACCCGAGACCAAAGGGUUGACUUUCGAAGAAGUCGAGAAGAUAUGGAAGGAGAAAGCAUGGGGAAGCAGCCAUGGCACCGAAUCUUUACUCGAAAACGGAGACGAGUCGUAAAGUACGACUUCAGCUUCGACGUUUGCAAGUGUAUGUAGCCGGUUUUUGUGGCUAUUUGGGUUUUUAGCGAUGGUUAUCGUUGUUUACUCGAAAAGAUGUAUAGGUGUGUUUUAUGUUUGAAUAUAAACCACGUUGUUGGUUUCGUUUGACGUUUGCAAAUAGUUUUAUCUUUCCGAUUUUUAUGUCGGGUAUCAUUGUCGAAUUCUUGGAAAUGAAUUCAAUUAGUGUUUGUUGGUCGGGAGACGGGUUACGGAUGAAUAUCCCGAUCCCGAUCAGUAAUAGGUUUUGAUAAAAAGAAACCUCAGUUGAUUUAUAAUCAUGUAUGUCGUUUGGAACAGAAAGAUUUGUAAUUUUAUAUCAAAGAAUUAUAUUUUAUAGA